AUGGAUUCCUUUGCAAAGGCACUUCAGAAGGGACUAGCAAAGACGGUCGCCGUGGGACAACAGCAGUUACAGCAGCGAUUGGCGAAAUAUGACCAGCAGAAUAGCAAUGGGAAUGCGGCAGCAAAUACGUACGGAACGGGACCUCAGGCUCAAGCUCAGUAUGGAUAUCACAACCAGAGCUCCUAUCAGGCUUCGCCUGCUGUAAACCAUCCCCCUCAGCAUGCGAGUUACUUCUCACCGCCACCACCUGGCUCAUCCCAGACUCAGUACCAGCAACAUCCGCAGCCUACUAGUCAACCAUACGCAUAUGGGCAGUACGCUUCAACUGUGACAAGUCCAGCUCCAUCGACGACUCAGUCAUAUAAUAGUCCUCAGACCCCAGCCACUCAAGCUUCCGGAUACCACGGGCACGAUCAGCAAAUUCCACAGCCCCUGCCUCCUGCGAACUCCUACCAUCCCGUGUCUGGGUAUAACGAACAUACAUCCUGGCAACCAACAAAUACUCUGGGACAACCUGCUACGGCGCCUCCUACUCAGCAGGCAUAUGCGUCAACAUACCAACAACCAAGCGCUUAUUCAGCGCCUCCCGUGUCCUCCACGAGCUAUCCUCCUGCGCUUCCACCGCGAGAGACAGAGCAACUACCGGCGGGUGCUUACUAUCCUCAGACAGGUUAUAGUCAGGAAACGCCGUACAGACCAGCUCAACAAUCAUUUGGUGCUGAUCAAGGACAUGUUCCUGUUCCACCUGCUACACAGGCUACACCUACGAGCCAGCCUGCGACGGCCCCUUCUGUGCCUUUAGUUGAGACGAACCAACCGCAGAAUAGCAGCCAUAGUGUGCCUGCUACUAUUGCAACAUCGACACCACCUGCGAGCACGCAGUCUGAGCCAACAGUGAAGGCGGAACAGGCUCAGCAGUAUCAGCCUGGGGCGCCGACGAACGCAUAUCCUCCAGCCGCCCAAGACAGUCAAAACGUGCUCGGACGUGUAGACAGCACUCAGCAUACGGUACAGACUCCAUACCAACCCGUGGCAGCAGCCAACGUGAACCCUCCAUUUGUGGAAGCAAAUCAGAACACUUACGGAAGCCAGCAGAUAUCGCAGACUCAACAGUCGCAGCCUUCCGCAGCAACCAACGCAAAUGCUCCCGUCACUCAAGUGAGUCAGAACGUGUACGGAAACUUGGACAGCACUCCUUUGCAUAAUGCGGCAACGACGACUCCUGCAAACCAGUGGACAACACCGGAGAGUAAGGAACCGCCUUCGGUCCCAGCAAAGGUCCCCCAUCUUGAUAGAGCACAAACACAGGCCCCAAAUCAGCAAUAUCAAAUCUCAACAACGCAACAGCCAACUCCACCUCUGAAACGCAUGGAUUGCGGUGGCUACAUGCUCGUAGAUAACUCGCAAGUGCAUCACACUCCAGCACAUCAAUAUCCACCGCCGCCAGAAGUCAGACAGAACGUGCCAGCAGCACCUUUUCCGGCCAUCCCAACAUAUGUCCCUGGCCUACCCAGCAACGUACCUCCCUACCAGCAACCGCCUCAAAAUGAUCCGUCCUUUAUAACUCAACAGAUGAACGGCCUGAGUAUAAACAACAGCCACCCACCACAGCCGGACUAUGCGCGUGGCCCAUUCCAACCUGUCAAGCCGAAGCUACCACCUGUGACGGCUAAUGGCACACCGAGAGAAGUAGUUCGAUUCUGCCCUGAGGACCGUGUCGUCUCCUAUUCACUCUACUGGUAUCGUAUGCCGGACACACCCGAGUUUCUCAUCUGCACCAAAUGCCAUGAAGACAACAUCCAGGGUACACACUUGGCCGGGAAGCUUGAAAGAUUCCUGACAGAGGAAGGAUCAUCUUCCAAAUGCUCGUUCUGGCACCCCCGUGUCAAGGACCAUCUUUGGAAACAAGCCCUACAGAAGAACAGUCUAGAUGACCUUCGUGCCUACGCGCCUCAUCGUCUUGCAAUUCCCGAUUGUAAGGGUAGGGAAACAACCGUCGGCACACAAGGAAUCAAGUACUUUGGGAUGCGGAAUAACGAAAUCAAUGGAUUCAUCGCAUGUGAAGCCUGUCACGAAGACCGCAUCAAGGGAACGACCUUGGAGAGCAAUUUCGCCCCGUACAAUAUCCAGCAAGGCGCAGAGGAUAAAUGGAGCUGUGAUGCAAGUCCAGCCUACGUGUGUCGGGCUCUAGAAAGAUUUUCCAAGAACAACGACUGGUCCGGCUUCGUCGCAGGCGCAACGCGACGAUUACAGCUGCCCGUCUGUGAAGGCAAGGACGUGGCCGCCAGUGACGGGAAAUGGUUUGGCGUUCGCCGCAAGAUUGACAACUUUUACGUCUGCGGCGCGUGUUAUAUGGAUAAGCUGGAGCUUACGGAUUUUGAAGGCGAGUUUGAAGAAAUCCAGACCCAAGGCGGGUUCGACAUGUGGAUGGAAUUGCUUGGAAAGCGGUGGAUAUGCGACUUGACGCCCUCGUCCAUGGCAUUCUCAUUUGCUCUCGAAGCGUAUCUCAAGGACAAGGACUUCAACGGCUUCUAUGACACGGCGCAGACUCUGUCCAAGCUUGUUCCGUGUACGGCCAAGGGUAUCAUAAGAGGAAAUUGGUGGACUCUGCCGGGCGGUUGUGAAAAUUAUGACAUCUGCGAGGCCUGCUACAUUGGCGUCUUCAAAAGCAACCAACUCGACAAGUUCCUGGAGCCGGCGGAGCGGGAUCCUGAGAACACGCUCAUCUGCAACUUUUGCCCGUCGAGCCCCCGGUUCAACCAGUUCAUCAACAAGUUCGCCGAGUCUCUGGACCGCAGCGUCUUCAGCUAUUACACCGACUGCGUCAGGAAAUUCGCAAACGUCCCUGAGUGCACUGGUAUAUAUACCCGAGAAAAGACCAAGUGGUGGGGAUACCCUGGUGCUCUGUUCUGCGAAUCCUGCUACGUCGGUUUCGUGGCAGACACGACGCUGGGGCCGCACGUCCUGUUCAAGGGCGAGUAUGACGAGCGCGCGCAAAUCUGUCAGGUCUGGUCGCCGCGGAUGCGAGGCAUGUGGCUAGCUGCGUGCAAUGCUGGCGAGCCCGGGUCGAGCGAGUCCAAGGAGGAGCUGGACAAGUUUACCGAGUUUUGCAACAAGAGACUGCAGAUCUACCUGCAGACGGUGCCGCGGAUCAAGUUUAUCAAGGAGAUGAGGGAGAUGAGGAUGAUGAAUGCCAUGCACCAGGGCCAGCUGAGUCUCAUGUACCAGGGGAUGAAUAGCAUGGCGGUGCUGUCGGACACGACGGACGGUCACUUGCAUGGGAAUAGUUCGAUAGGGUGGCAUGAGACGGAGCAUGGGGCGACGGGAGCGCAGAUGUUUAAUAACAUGCAGGCUGGGUUUGCGAGUGUGAAUAGGGCGGAUGAGUGGGGAGAGGUUUUGAGGUUGCAGGCGAUGUGGUGUGAGGUUGAGUGA